UUUUUUUAUGACAGCUCUCUCCUGCCCAAUUACUUAUAAAGGUGGAUAUGUAUGUAGCUUUUUGGACUAAAAUAGUGGAAAGUAUGACACAGCAAAACAUAGGAUACAACGUAAUCCAUGGAUUUGCAUACUUUAAGGGGAGUGCCUUUCAAAGUGAAACUAAUUACGUAACCGCGGUGAGAAUGGUCUCUGGGUGUAAAGGGCUACUCUUCGAUGAGCAUGAUUUAGUCUCAGAUCAGGUCAUUAAAUGGAGCUGGACUCCCCUUCACUAUCCUGCCUAACGGUGCUAUGUCUGCUCGGAGCUGCAGGCAUCUCUACAAGCGACGACCUCCCUUGUCCAUGUCCAAAAAUUCCUGAAAAGCCUAAAACUGAACCCUCCCUGGAAUGCUUCGCAAUUAACAGCAGAUUCCGCUACAAGUGCAUAGAAGGCUAUGUGAGGAAGUCGGGAACAUCGAAUCUCAUCACAUGCAAGCAAGAUGAUGGCGGAUCUCCACAAUGGAGCUUGGACGCCAAAUUUCAGUGUAUAGUUGACCCAAAGAGAACCACACCACCCCCACAGAGCACAUCAACAUCGGGACCCACCGAUAUUCCCCAUGACUCCACCGUUUCCUCCACAGUCACUUCCCGCAGCUUUCAGGCCAGCCAGAGUAUACAGCCGUCAGCCACCGUGACUGCAGAGCCCACCUCCAGCUCCGACUUUUCCUCUCCUUCUCUGCCUGGAUCCCCCCAGGGGAUGGAUGAUUCUUUGACAGGGAUCAAAGCCUCGCUCAGCACAAUGUCCACCAGGACUGAGCCUUCCAACAGGACAAUUACUGCUGAAAUGUUCUCCUCAACGGCCCCCAGAAUCGUGAUCGGCUGUGCUUCACUGGUGAUUGUCUGUGCUUUGGUGGGAAUCAGCUUAUUUUUCUACAGAAGGAGGUCCAAAAACGAGAUAACUGAGCAGACAGCAGAUGAAGGCAUACCCAUGACAAAUGAACCACGUGACUGACAGUGUGAAUGGCUGGCUUCAUGACAUUUGUUGUCUUAAAUUUAACUGACUUUUUUUUUGAGCAGUUUGACAUCAGUCAACCAAAGAUUUGAUCCGCAUAUAAGGAACUUACAUUUUGUAAGACUAUGUGAUCUUCUGGUGCUACAGCAGCUGUAAGUUAAGUGAUAUUGUCUUCAAAUCCCAUGAAAUUAAUCAAUCUCUAAACUAGAUAUGCUGCUUAUACACCAAUCAACCAUAACAUUAUGACCACAGACAGGUAAAGUGAAGAACAGUGAAUGUCUUGUUAGAAUGGAACCUGUCAUUGGGUGGGAUAUGUUAGGCAACAAGUGAACCCUGUCCUCAAAGUUGAUGUGUGUCGGUCUGCAAUGCUCAGUACUUACCAAAAGAGGUCCAAGGAUGGAAAAGUAUGGAAGUUUGAAUAUGAAUUUCUAAUACUGUAGUUUUUCUCUUGUUUUUUUCAAUGUUAAAAUAAAUUCAGCGUUACAAAAAUCAGUCUAAAAUAUUCAGUUUAAAAAAAUUCAACAUCAAAAAAUUCAGUGAAAAAAUUCAACAUCAAAAGCUAAAAGGUAGAAGCAAUCGACCCCUGUCUCAAUUCAGCCAACGGCAGCCAAUCAAGUUACGCACCAUGGUCAUGUGACACCAACACAGGUAGGACAGAUCAGCCACAUGUCUACCAACUCGGGAGAUGGUCUUUUGGCGAGUGAGUUUACUUUAUUUGCCAUUUGUGUUCGUAAAAUUGAGUAAUAGAUAUUACUCGACACGUUGCACAUUAACCGGAUUUAUUGAAUUAUAUCUACACUUAACUUUUAAUGAGGUGGCGCCGCAUUCGUGAAAACUGCGUUAGUAACCAGUUAACGGUAUGUGAGCAUGGUUUACUCUUGGUUGAGGCAGCGAGUAUGACGACUGACGCGAUCACCAGGGCUUCCUGCAGUGCCCAGAUUCGAGUUCGUUCUCACUUAACGGGACAAAUUUGUUAUAGGUUUUUAUUUGUAUUUUAUGUUUGUACCGUUGAGAGUUGAAGAGAGAGCCUAUAUCUGAAUUUGUUUUCUUUGCCUGUAGAGAAAGAUUAUUUUGUUGUAUAACUUGUAUAACAUUUUUGUAUAAUCCAUACAGAGGAGGCAUACAUUAAGUGUCCUCUUUUUUGGAAAUCAAAAUAUGGUCACCCUAAUUAAUGUCCUGUAACAUUAGCUGUUAAAUCAUAAUCUUUGUGCUGCUGGUUUGUAAUACCCUUCUUACUAUUUCUGUGUUGUUUGUGAUGACAGGGCAGUCAUGGUGAUAAUAUUUUGCAAUCAGCCCGCCGCUUAGUUCAAUUACUCAGUUCGUCUGGUCAAGGUGCAGCCAGUGGUGGCAUCACAAAUCAACAUAACAGGUUUAGUAUUAAACUUUAAUUCAUGUACAUAUGGCUUAUUUUAUUUAUACAUUGUAGAUGUAUUGAUGAUUAAUACAUGUUCUUGGAUACAAUCCUGUAGAGAACAGAGACAGACAGAAUCACUUCAACCGGAAAUGACCAGGUGAAGAGAACUUUGUUUAUUUUAAAUGAAGCCCUAUGUAUACACAUUUUACAUGCUGUUGAUUUGUACAGGCAAAAUCAAAGUAAUGACAGAGGACAGAGUAAAGUCUCCUGGACAUAUGUGUAUUCUGUUCUUUGAGCUCUUCCUUCUUCAUUUAUAGUAUGGGAAAAUAUGGAAAAUGGGAUUUGUGCAGCUUCUGGUGAGCAGGCUGGGCUAUAUACAGGUAAAGCAGUAAGAGUAGGCCAGCUUAGGAGGAGGAGUGGUGGUUAUAGACUGGUUUGUUUCAUACAUUACAAGCAACAUUUGUUGCUUGUAGCUGUUUGUCAACAGCUGCCAUCACUGACUUACAGCAACCACGAUAUGCUGUCACAGGUUAACACUGUCACGGUUUAAUGCAGUCAGUCGUCAUACUCGCUGCCUCAACCAAGAGUAAACCAUGCUCACAUACCGUUAACUAGUUACUAACGCAGUUUUCACGAAUGCGGCGCCACCUCAUUAAAAGUUAAGUGUAGAUAUAAUUCAAUAAAUCCGGUUAAUGUGCAAAGUGUCGAGUAAUAUGUAUUACUCAAUUUUAUGAACACAAAUGGCAAAUAAAGUAAACUCACUCGCCAAAGCACCAUCUCCCGAGUUGGUAGACAUGGCUGAUCUGUCGUACCUGUGUUGGUGUCACAUGACCAAUGGUGCGUAACUUGAUUGGCUGCCGUUGGAUGAAUUGAGACAGGGGUCGAUUGCUUCUACCUUUUAGCUUUUGAUGUUGAAUUUUUUUAUACUGAAUUUUUUGAGAUGUUGAAUUUUUUUUACAUGUCGAAUUUUGAAAAACUGAAUAUUUUAGGCAUUGAUUUUUUUAACACUGAAUUUAUUUUAACAUUGAAGAAAAAAGAGAGGUGAAAAAAAACCCGGUGCUAGAAAUUUCAGUAUUAGAAAUUCAUAUUCAAACUCUGAUGGCACAGAAAAACUUCCAUACCAGCAACAGGGUCAUGGGUAACAAAGGCUAAUUGAUGCGUGAAGGGAGGGAAGACUGGCCCUUGUGGCCCGAUACAACAGAAAAGGCACUGUAGCUCAAAUUGCUGAACAGUUCAUGCUAGUUCUGUUAGAAGAUAAUGCUCCCCGCAACACUGCUCAAAUUGUUCAGGAAUGGUUUGAGGAACUCGACAGCUAGUUCAAGAUGUUGACUUGGCCACCAAAUUCCCCAGAUCUCAAUGCAAUCAAGCAUUUGUGGGAUGUGCUGGAUAAACAAGUCCGAUCCAUGGGGACCCCACCUGGCAACUUACAAGUCUUAAAGGAUCUGCAGCUAACGUCCUGGUGCCAGAUACCACAGCACACCUUUAGAGGUCUAGUAGAGUCCAUGCCUCAACAGGUCAGGGCUGUUUUGGCCAUAAAAGAGGGACCUACACAACAUUAAGCAGGUAGUCAUAAUGUUAUGGCUGAUCGGUGUAGAUCUUAUUGCUUUGUGCCAGAGUUCCAUUGUUCUGUAAAAAUGAUUGAAACACAUAAAAAGGCCGCACCAAUAAACAAUGACCACAUUAGCAUCUAAAAAAGGCCUCAACUAAAUUACAUUUCACUAUAGAAAGACCUUGGUUAAAACUGCAGUACCCAGCUGUUUAAGGUAAAGAGAGAGGAGGGAGGGCACCAACUUUUCAUUCUUCACCUCAUGAUCUGGGAAGGUCAGCGGUCUAGUUGAGAAGCUACUCAAAGGACUAAAUGCUGACUAAGUUAAACUAAUUUUAAGGGUUAUACUUUUUUUUUUAUUCCCAUGACAAAUCUGUGGUCAUUUUAAUAAGCAAAGAAAUACAAUUGUUAAAUACAAAUAUUUUAGUAGCUUUUUAUGAGCUAUUUGAAAAGUAACUGUUAAAUGAGCAUACAAUAUCCUCUCAGGUCCGUGACUCCAAUCAAAACCAUAUUAUGGCAGACUGUAAUGUCAGCAAAUAUGGUAUCAUAGUCCAAAGAAUAGAUUGAUCGCUUCAAGAUUAAAGAUUCAAUGAUUUACAAUCCAAAUAUUUAGCAAACGUAACUUACUGUCAACACCUUUAUUUCUUCAUCUCUUAUCUGUUUUACUCAUCUGAAAUGCUAAGCUUGAGGUUGUGUGGCUGGAAAUACUGAACCAUGCACUGAGCAAAGAAUGUCUGAAACCUACAGAGCAUUGUCACUUAUUUACUGAGAUUUUUUGCAGCCACUUUGGUACAAUGAGAUUAAUAGAAUAUGCUUUUGCAACUAAGAGAUUCAAAGCCUUACAUGAAAAAAAAAAAACACAAAAGCAAGGACAGGUCUGCGAAUGACUAGUGGGGGGGGGGGGGGGGGGGGUAAAAAGUCCCUAUAUCAUAAAGUGGUUAACACUUAUAAUUUGAUCUCACUCUAAACUUUGUCUUUAUGACUCAUGUAAAAUGUGAAAUCUAUAUUCUGCUUUGUUGCUAUGCUUAUGAAGGAAGUUGGUGGAUCAGAAAAAAAGCAGCUUUAAUUAUUCAAAGAAUUGUUCCUGUAUCUCUUGUUGCACUGCACUGUCCCUUUGAAUGAUCUUUAAAGACUUUUUUUUUUUUUUAUAAACCUGUCUAUUCCUGUUUAUAAAGGCAAGCAGAGGAAUAUCAUGCCAUAUGAUGUCAUUUAACACCAUCUGCAAGGCAGCACUUCUGUCCUUCAAAGUGAAACUUAGUGUUAGUUAUCUUUAUGAUGACAACGAUGUGACACGUUUUGAUCCAGUUGUUGAUGAUCAGCCUCUUGAACAAGAAAAGUUUUGGGCCAUUAACUAAAAUGAUGUCUGAGUGAUAGCAGCUGCUCAGCAGACUGAAUAGGAUUAUGUUAAUCCCACUGCAUUGAGUAUUUUUAUAUAAAAACAUUAGUUUGA